GAGGAACUAGACCCUCCUCAGAUUGAGGAGCAGGAGGAACUCGGCACACAGUCGGGAGAGCAGCUUAUUGUGAAGUUUGAAAGUGAUUCUUUUAAGGUUCCUUCUAUUGAGGAGCAAGGUUACCUGAGUGAAGCAGAAGAAGUACUGGACGCUGAGCCAUCAGAGAGUCAGGUUGGAUUUGAAAGGCUUCUUUGUGAGAGAACUCGUGGUGAACCUGUCUGUUCUAAUCAUCAGUUACGUCAGAAGGUUUUAAGUCUCACUGAUGACAUGAAGAAUUUAAUUUGUGAAACGUGGGAAAGGCUUCAGCCAUCAGGCUAAUUUGAAGAAACACAUGAUAAUUCACACAGGGGAGAAGCCGUUUUCUUGUGAGACAUGUGGAAAAUGUUUCAGUCAAAAGGUCCAUUUGUUGGCCCACAGGAGAACUCACACAGGCGAGAAGCCGUAUUCUUGUGAAACAUGUGGAAAAUGUUUCAGUGAAAAGAGUGUUUUGUUGGUUCACAUGCGAAUUCACACAGGUGAGAAGCCUUACUCUUGUAUAACAUGUGUGAAAAGUUUCAACCAACAGAGUCAUUUGUUGCUCCACAUGAGACGUCACACAGGUGAGAAGCCGUAUUCUUGUAAAACAUGUGGGAAAAGUUUCAAUGAUCAGAGUCAAAUGUUACGCCAUGUGAGAAUUCACACAGGCGAGAAGCCGUAUGUUUGUGAAAGAUGUGGGAAAAGUUUCCGUCUACAGACUGGUAUGAUACGCCACAUGAGAAUUCACACAGGCGAGAAGCCGUAUUCUUGUGAAACGUGUGGGAAAAGUUUCCGUGUGCAGAGUCAUAUGAUACGCCACAUGAGAACUCACACAGGCGAGAAGCCGUAUUCUUGUGAAACGUGUGGGAGAGGAUUUAGUGAUCGUACUUCAUGGCUGCGCCACCUGAAAACUCACAAAUGAAGUCCUGAAAAAUUCAGUGGGAGCUCUCUUUCAUGAAGUCCAGCUUUCUUCCAAAAUGACAAGAUAGCCAGUUUAGAGGAAACACUACUGAUUUAAACACUGUUGAGACAAAGCCCCGUUUACAUGACUCUGAAAGUCCUCCUUAUGAUCAGACUGUGAGGUCAAACUGAGUGUAGAUUUCUAACAUAAACACCUAAGUGUAUCUGAUUCAUUCAGAUUGGAUUAAACUUCCGAUGUGAUUGUAAGAGGUAGUCUGCACUGAUUGAUAAUAGACUUGAUGCCUCAUAUAACCAGCUGACAACAUUAAAUCGUAUGAAACAAGCAGGUGAUUCAUUCUGGUCUAGGGCUGUCGCAAUUAUUACAAUAAUCGUCAAUCGCGAUGAUUUUUCAUAUUCGCGAUUACCAUGAAUUAUUUAUUUUGUCCACAAAGUUGCAUAAAACUCAGAAUCUGACGUCAUGGUGGAGCGCCAUGCGGCAGCAGCAGCAGCCACAGCAGCAGCCGCAGCCGCAUGCAGCGUCGCAGCCUGACUCACCCUGCCGUUUCCCUCUCGUCUUGGCUGGACGGUUAGCGAGGCUAGGCUAAUAACAUUGAGUCACAUAAUGAUGUGCUCCCUGGAACCGGAAGCAGAAAUUAGGAAAGUCAAACCAAAACAAACGGGAAAAACUGGACACUGGUUGAGAAAAGAGCUUUUAAUAGAAACCCUGAUACAACAAAAACUUCUUGAGAGGGGAGGUGGUUGCUCAAACAGCUCCAUGAUAGACGACGAGCAGAUUGGCUGCUGCCAGCGAAUCACGAAGCUGUUUGAAACAGAUGAAGAUACAACAGCUGGUGCUGAAGACUGCUGACUACAAAGCCAGAGAUCAAAACCUGCAAAGUGGGAAAGAGACGUUUUGCUUAUGUUACAGAUACUGUAUAAUCUGUUUAAACUGGGCUCCAUGUGUUCGAGGACUGAUCCUGGGUCACUUUAUUUAGCAUUUGUGUAUAAAGAUCUGUUCAGUUUGAUUGUUUUCAACUGAACUAAA